AUGUUCAUCUGGCAGCUUGUGGCUGUCCUUGCUGUUCGUGGCGCGGCAAAGUCUUUCUCCGGCCUCGAGACCAGCUACCGUUUCGCACAGCUGACGGAUGUUCACAUCGAGCCCUUCUACAACCCGGAGCGCGGCCAUUUGAAGGGUGGCGUCUGCCGCGUUCCUGAGGCUUUCAAUAAGUCCAGCUGUGUGCCCUUCAAGGUGGAGCCUGAAGCAGCGACCUACCCUUUGGGGAGGUUGAACUGUGAUCCUCCCUUCGCUUUGCUCCGAUCUGUGCUCGAGCACAUGGCGCACGUUGCUGAGACGGAGAAGCCUGACUUCGUGAUGUUCACAGGGGACAUCCCGAGCCAUCAGCUGUCAUGUCAGUUCCAUCAAGCACGUACAAUCGAGAUGGUCAUAGAGAUGAUGGCGGAGAAGUUGAAGAAAGUGGCACCUACAUGGUUUCCAGCCAUGGGUAACAAUGACUAUUUCCCAAACUACAACGUUUCUAUGGAGCCAAACAGCCCCUGGCAGCAGUUCGUGGCCUCCAUCUACGCACGCGAAGGAGUGCUCAGCGGUGAGCAGCUGAAGACCUUUGCAGCGGGAGGCUACUACUCCGCCUCCCCUCGCCCCGGACUGAAGGUGAUUGUGCUCAACACAGUGGUUUGGAGCCAGAAGGUUCUGGAUUGGAAUGCUGCUCCGAAGAAGCAUGUGCAUCAUCAUCAGGACGUCUCUGAGGCGAACCUCUACCAUGGCCCGGAUGCUCCCCUUGACGGUUCGGACACCAGCGGCUGGGUAUGGGAUGAGGACGUGGCGAGCAAGAAGAUCUUCGUUGAUUGCGACGCGCGUCCCGCUGACCCGUACGGGCAGCUUGCCUGGGCGCGACAGGAGCUCCUAGAAGCGCGUAGCUCGGGACAGCGCGUCAUCGUCGCAGGGCACGUGCCGCCCGGGAACAAGGUUGGAAGCAACAACUUCUGCCAACAGCAUCUGGAUGACUUCAAACGCCUCACGCAGGACUUUGCAGACAUCAUCGAG